CUCCAAGCCAUAGAUCAUGAUUACAGCAAUAUCAUCUCGGGGCACUAGAAUUGCUGCCCAGAGUCCACAGUUCUUUGAUAUCCUUCAGGAUCUUUGGGAUCCCGUGACCAAUCCUAAUGGCUUCGUCAAUAUGGGAUUAGCAGAAAAUUCUUUAAUGCAUGAUGAGAUGAUCAAAUUCUUGAACCACAAAUCUUGGGCGGAUUCUCAUGCCUUGACCUACGGCGAUGGCUUUUCAGGAUCCGACAAACUCAAGGCCUCCCUUUGUCAUUUUUUGAACCAUCAUUUCUCUCCUUGUCAACUUAUUGAACCUUCUCACAUCGUGGCAACGGCUGGUGUUAGCAAUGCUAUCGAAUGCUGUGCCUGGGCUCUUUGUGAUCCUAGAGACUUCGUGCUUAUUGGACGUCCUUACUGGACUACCUUUAAGUCAAUGCUAGGCGUUCGCGCAGGGGUCAAUGUUGAAGAGGUUGGUUUUGGUUCCACGGAUCCCUUCUCCGAGGAUGCAUUAGUCCACUACAAGGACGCAUAUACGCAAGCGGAGAAAGAGGGCAAAACUAUCAGAGCAAUCUUGUUAUGCAACCCUCACAAUCCACUUGGACGAUGUUACUCCAAAGAAGUGAUACAGGGCUUCAUGUCGUUUUGCCAAGAGAAACAGAUACAUCUUAUUUUCGACGAAAUAUAUGCACUGUCAGUUUGGGGAAACCCGCAAAUGGCAUCUGAAGUUGGGUUCAUUUCCGCAUUGGCCAUUGAUACAACGGGAUUGAUUGAUUCUAACUUGUUACAUGUUCUGUGGGGAAUGAGCAAGGAUUUUGGGGCAACAGGCCUACGUAUUGGAUGCGUUAUCAGUCAAGCUAACAAGGGCUUUCUGGAUGCGUGCAUCAGCAUCUCCUUGUUCAGCUUUCCAUCCAGCCUGGCUGACAAGGCAAUUGCGAAUCUGCUAGCCGAUCGUCAAUUCACGGACGAUUAUCUUUGUCUAUAUCGAGAAAGACUCAAGGAUCGUUACGAUCAUGUUACUUCGAUCUUACACCAGAACAGAAUUCCCUACGAAGAAUCGAACGCCACUCUCUUCAUCUGGGCAAAUCUCGGCGCGAUGGUUAAGAAUAGCAGGAUCACAGAUGAUGCCAUUCUCAAAAGACUAAGGCGGGAAAAACUUUACAUCACCUCCGGAGUAGGUUAUCGAAGUGAACAAACGGGGUGGUUUAGGAUCGUCUUUGCUCAUUCGAAAGAAUUACUUGACGAAGGACUUCAACGUAUGAUCCGAGGACUGUCUGAUUUGUAA